GCCUGAUACGUCCGGCCGCAACGCUUGCUACCGGUCUCAGUGCAGAGGACCCCGAUGCCGUCAAUGAGAACUUCCUGGGUGCACGUAAAGGACGCAGCCCGCGCGGCUCACGGACACCGAGCCCAGGUGGCGCUUUCGGCGGGAACAGUCCGAGCCUCUCUUGGGGUGCUGUCUCCGCAG